AUGGUUGUAAUGGGUGCAGUUGGGGUUUUGACUGUUGUUGAUGAAAUUGCAGAUGUUGUUGUGGCUGUAAUUGUGGAUAUAUCUGGACCUUGUGUUGUUGUACUUGUAGUUUCAGAUGAGACUGAAGAUGACACAGCAGUGGGAGGUACAGUCAUAAAAGAGGAAACUGUAAUGGUGGAUGUUGCAGGUGCAGGAGUACUUUCUGAAGUUGUGGACAUUGUUGGUGAAGUAAGAGUUGAGGUUUCAGUAGUUGUGGCUGCAAAUGUCACUGUGGUUUCAGCUGUUUUUGUACUUGGAGCUUCAGAUGAGGUUGCAGCUGAUGUAAUGGUUGAAGAUUCAGAUGAGGUUGGAGAUGAAGAAGUAGUAGAAGGAACUAUCGCAGCUGAGGAAGCCGUUGAUGUUGAGGAUGCAGUUGUAGUUUCUGAAGUUGUAGUCACAGUAGUGGAAGGCCCCACUGUGGUUGUGGAAGCUGCAGUUGUGCUUGCUGCAGAUGUUGUUGUACUUGGAGCUUCAGAUGACAUAGGAGCUGAUGUCACUGUGGAAGGUACAGCUCCAGUUGAGGAAGCUGUAGUUGUUGAUGUUGUUACAGGUGCAGCUGUUUCUGAAGAUGUAGUCAUUGCUGUUGAAGUAAGAGUUGUGGAUUCAGAAGUUACAGCUCUUGAUGUUGUUGGAUUAUUUGUUGUUGUAGAUGUGGUUGAAGAAGCUGCAGUCGUGGUUUCUGCUGUUGUAGGCACCACUGUUGAAGUAAUAGUUGUGGUUUCUGUACUCACAACUGUGGUGGUGGGAAUUUCAGUUGUCGAUGAAGCUGUAGUUGUUGAUGUUGUUACAGGUGCAGCUGUUUCUGAAGAUGUAGACAUUGUUGUUGAAGUAAGAGUUGUGGAUUCUGAAGUUACAGCUGUUGAUAUUGUUGGAUUGUUUGUUGUUGUAGAUGUGAUUGAUGAAGCUGUAGUCGCAGUUUCUACUGUUGUACUUUCUGAAGUUGUAGGCACCACUGUGGAAGUAACUGGUCUGGUUUCUGUACUCACACUUGUGGUUGUGGGAAUUUCACUAGUUGAUAGUGCUGUAGUUGCUGAUGUUGUUACAGGUGCAGUUGUUUCUGAAGAUGUAGGCAUAGUUGUUGAAGUAAGAGUUGUGGAUUCUGAAGUUACAGCUGUUGAUGUUGUUGCAUCGUUUGUUUUUGUAGGUGUGGUUGAUGAAGCUGUAGUUGUGGUUUCUGCUGUUUUACUUUCUGAAGUUGUAGGCACCACUGUUGAAGUAGGAGUUGUGGAUUCUGUACUCACAACUGUGGUGGUGGGAAUUUCAGUAGUUGAGGGUACUGUAGAUACUGAUGUUGUUACAGGUGCAGUUGUUUCUGAAGAUGUAGGCAUCACUGUUGAAGUAAUAGUUGUGGGAAUUUUAAUAGUUGAGAAUGCUGUAGUUACUGAUGUUGUUACAGGUGCAGUUGUUUCUGAAGAUGUAGUCAUUGCUGUUGAAGUAAGAGUUGUGGAUUCAGAAGUUACAGCUCUUGAUGUUGUUGGAUUAUUUGUUGUUGUAGAUGUGGUUGAAGAAGCUGCAGUCGUGGUUUCUGCUGUUGUAGGCACCACUGUUGAAGUAAUAGUUGUGGAUUCUGUACUCACAACUGUGGUCGUGGGAAUUUCAGUAGUUGAUGAUGUUGUAGAUGCUGAUGUUGUUACAGAUGCAGUUGUUUCUGAAGAUGUAGACAUAGUUGUUGAAGUAAGAGUUGUGGAUUCUGAAGUUACAGCUGUUGAUGUUGUUGCAUCGUUUGUUUUUGUAGGUGUGGUUGAUGAAGCUGUAGUUGUGGUUUCUGCUGUUGUACUUUCUGAAGUUGUAGGCACCACUGUUGAAGUAAGAGUUGUGGACUCUGUACUCACAACCGUGGUGGUGGGAAUUUCAGUAGUUGAGGGUGCUGUUGUUAUUGAUGUUGUUACAGGUGCAGUUGUUUCUGAAGAUGUAGACAUAGUUGUUGAAGUAAGAGCUGUGGAUUCUGAAGUUACAGCUGUUGAUGUUGUUGCAUCGUUUGUUUUUGUAGGUGUGGUUGAUGAAGCUGUAGUUGUGGUUUCUGCUGUUUUACUUUCUGAAGUUGUAGGCAGUGUUGUUGAAGUAAUAGUUGUGGUUUCUGUACUCACAACUGUGGUUGUGGGAAUUCCAGUAGUUGAGGGUACUGUAGAUACUGAUGUUGUUACAUAUGCAGUUGUUUCUGAAGAUGUAGACAUAGUUGUUGAAGUAAGAGUUGUGGAUUCUGAACUUGCAGCUGUUGAUGUUGUUGCAUCGUUUGUUGUGGUAGGUGUGGUUGAUGAAGCUGUUGUCGUGGUUUCUGCUGUUGUACUUUCUGAAGUUGUAGGCAGUGUUGUUGAAGUAAUAGGUGUGGAUUCUGUACUCACAACCGUGGUGGUGGGAAUUUCAGUAGUCGAGGAUGCUGUAGUUAUUGAUGUUGUUACGGGUGCAGUUGUUUCUGAAGAUGUAGGCAUUGUUGUUGAAGUAAGAGUUGUGGAUUCUGAAGUUACAGCUGUUGAUGUUGUUGCAUCGUUUGUUGUUGUAGGUGUGGUUGAUGAAGCUGUAGUCGUGGUUUCUGCUGUUGUACUUUCUGAAGUUGUAGGGACCACUGUUGAAGUAAGAGUCGUGGAUUCUGAAGUUACAGCUGUUGAUGUUGUUGCAUCGUUUGUUGUUUUAGGUGUGGUUGAUGAAGCUGUAGUUGUCGUUUCUGCUGUUGUACUUUCUGAAGUUGUAGGGACCACUGUUGAAGUAAGAGUCGUGGAUUCUGAAGUUACAGCUGUUGAUGUUGUUGCAUCGUUUGUUGUUGUAGGUGUGGUUGAUGAAGCUGUAGUUGACGUUUCUGCUGUUGUACUCUCUGAAGUUGUAGUAAUUUCCAUUGUUGUGAGUCCAAGUGACGUUGUGGGUACAGCUGUAGCAGUGGAAGGUUCAGUUGUGGUUGUGGAUGCAGUAUUUGUUGUUUCAGCUGCAGUUGUCGUUUCUGAAGAUGUAGGCAUGGUUGUUGAAGCAAGUGGUUCCGUAGUUAUAACCAUUGUUGUACCUGAAGAAUCAGAUGAGGUUGGAGCUGAUGUUGCUGAUGUUGAAGUUGCAAGUACAGUUGUUGUUUCUGAAGCUGUAUAUCCUGAAGUUGUAGACUCCGUUGUUGAAGCACUGGAUUUUUAA